AUGGCCACCAGCGAGGAAGAAGUCAAGGAGUGCUUCAAGGUGUUCGACACUGACAACGAUUCCAAGAUCGCCAUCAGCGAGAUUGGCCUCGUCAUCCGCGCCCUCGGCAAGGCCCCUCUCCAGAAGGAGAUCGAGGCCAUCGAGGCUGAGGCCGGCGGUGAUGGUGUGGUCGACUUCGCCCAGUUCAUGAACUUCUACCGCCGCAAGUUCAGGAGGCCCCAGGACCUCGAGAAGGAGAUGAGGGAGGCCUUCCGUGCCCUCGAUGCCACUGGUAACGGCAUCAUCUCCUCGGCCGACCUCCGCAUGCUUCUUGGCAGCCUUGGCGAGCCCCUCGAAUCUGAGGAUGUCGAGUCGCUCCUCCGGGCCGUGAGCGUUGAUGCUGAGGGCAACCUUUCCUACGAGCAGCUCGUUGACAUGCUUUCUGGCCUUGCCAAGUAA